CGAAUAGCGGCAAGGGAACGCCCCGUCGCUGCACGCUUCGCUUCCGUAAGGCUGCGAGGAAGCUCAGCCUGUUUCCCAGCUGAGAAAGGGAGAGCGAGAAAAGAGUCUCCGGGGUCACGCAGGGGGGCCGAUCCCUCCUCUUCCUCCUCCUCUUCCUCGCCGGGGCGCGUCUUUCGGCUUCUCUCGCUUGCUGCGUCUCCCUCCCUUCUCUCUUCCCCAUCCUUCUCUCCUCUCCUGGUCCAGGAGGAGCGUUUUCGCUUUGACGGUUGCUGCUGUUGCCGCCAGAAAGUGAUCUGCUGGCUCGCCUCUACUUCCUGCCGCCGCCGAUCUGCUGGAGCUGGGAUUGCCUCCCAAACCUCAGUAUGCUGCUUUGGCACGGGGGGGACCGGCACCUCCUUUGCUGAGCCGGCCAACGACAGCCCUGUCACCCGCCACCCACCCACCCAUCCCUAGAAAGAAAACAAGUGUUCCAAAGAGGAUCUGCCCUCAUGAGCAUCUGUUCUAAUGCAGCCAAUGGUCAUGCAGGGAUGCUCUUUCACCCUCCCCAGAUGUCAUGAGUGGCAUGCCACAGGCCAAUCUCGUCGCAAUAGCACCUCCCAUACGCAGUCUCAGGUUAAAACAGCCCAAGAUGGUGCUGCACCAGCCUGUGUGAGCCAAAAGCCCCUGAACGGUGCCAUUGGGCCACAGAUGCCUCUUGAGAUGAAUCUUUGCUGGAAUGAAAUUAAAAAGAAAUCGCACAGCCUUCGGGCUCGCCUGGAGGCCUUCUCGGACCACAGUGGCAAGCUGCAGAUUCCCUUGCAAGAGAUCAUAGACUGGCUCAGCCAGAAAGAUGAGGAACUCUCCGCCCAGCUGCCGCUCCGCGGGGACGUCCUCCUGGUGCAGCAGGAGAAGGAGAGGCAUGCGGCAUUUAUGGAAGAAGUGAAGUCUCGGGGCCCGUACAUUUACUCUGUCUUGGAGUCGGCUCAAGCCUUUCUCACACAGCACCCGUUUGAAGAAGUGGAGGACUCCAAUCCAGACAGCAAAGAUGUCUCCCCAAGACACCGGAUCCAGAACAUCAGCCGUUUUGUGUGGAAACAGGCAACUGUGGCUAGCGAGCUGUGGGAGAAGCUCACCGCCCGCUGCGUCGACCAGCACCGCCACAUUGAGCGGACCCUGGAGCAGCUGCUGGAGAUCAAGGGCACCAUGGAAGAGCUCAGCACCACCCUCAACCAAGCUGAGAGCAUGCGGGAGACCUGGGAGCCCAUUGGAGAUCUCUUCAUCGACUCUUUGCCAGAGCACAUCCAGACCACCAAGUUGUUCAAAGAGGAGCUCUCCCCCAUGAAGGAUGGAGUGAAGCUCGUGAACGACCUUGCCCAUCAGCUCGCUAUCUCGGAUGUGCACCUGUCCAUGGAGAACUCGCGUGCCCUGGAACAGAUCAACACACGCUGGAAACAGCUGCAGAUCUCUGUCAACGACCGGCUGAAACACCUUCAGGAUGCCCACCGGGACUUUGGGCCAGGAUCGCAGCACUUCCUUUCAACCUCGGUCCAAGUCCCCUGGGAACGAGCUAUUUCUCCCAAUAAGGUCCCAUACUACAUCAACCAUCAGGCUCAGACAACUUGUUGGGACCAUCCCAAGAUGACUGAGUUAUACCAAACACUAGCUGACCUGAACAACAUCAAGUUUUCUGCUUAUCGUACAGCCAUGAAACUGCGACGCGUACAGAAGGCCUUACGACUGGACCUGGUGACGCUACCGACAGCCUUGGAAGUCUUCAAUGAACAUGAGCUGCAGCCCAGUGACCACGUGAUGGACGUGGUGGAGGUGAUCCACUGCCUGACUGCCCUCUACGAGCGGCUCGAGGAGGAAAGGGGCAUCCUUGUGAAUGUUCCUCUCUGCGUUGACAUGACCCUGAACUGGCUGCUCAAUGUUUUUGACAGUGGACGCAGCGGCAAGAUGCGGGCACUUUCCUUCAAGACGGGCAUAGCGUGUCUGUGUGGAACGGAAGUGAAGGAAAAAUUCCAGUAUCUCUUCAGUCAGGUGGCAAACGCCAGCGGACUUUGUGACCAGCGGCACCUUGGCAUCCUGCUCCAUGAGGCCAUCCAGGUUCCACGGCAGCUGGGGGAGGUGGCCGCCUUUGGUGGGAGCAACGUGGAACCCAGUGUCCGCAGCUGCUUUCGCUUUGGUAACGGCAAGCCGGCAAUUGAGGCUGCUCAGUUCUUGCAAUGGGCUAACCUGGAGCCGCAGUCGAUGGUGUGGCUAGCAGUCCUGCACCGAGUGAUGAUUGCUGAGCAAGUCAAACACCAGACUAAGUGUUCUGUCUGCCGGCAAUGCCCGAUCAAAGGUUUCAGGUACCGAAGUCUGAAGCAGUUCAAUGUGGACAUCUGCCAGACUUGUUUCUUGACGGGGCGAGCCAGCAAAGGCAACAAGCUGCACUAUCCAAUUAUGGAGUACUACACACCGACUACCUCUAGUGAGGACAUGAGGGACUUUGCCACCACCCUGAAAAACAAGUUCCGGUCGAAGCAGUAUUUCAGCAAGCAUCCCCAGAGAGGGUACCUGCCAGUCCAGUCUGUACUGGAGGCAGAUUUCAUUGAAACGCCAGCUUCCUCUCCGAUGUUACCUCAUGCCGAUACCCACUCUCGGAUCGAGCACUUCGCCAGCAGGCUUGCAGAGAUGGAAAGCCAGAAUUCCUCCUUUUACAAUGACAGCCUUUCUCCGGACGACAGCCUGGACGAGGACCAGUAUCUUUUGCGCCAUUCCAGCCCCAUCACAGACAGAGAACCGGUCAGUAUCCAGCAGCCCCAGAACAGCACCAACACAGAUGAUAAAGGGGAACUGGAGAGAAUCUUGGCCCACCUGGAGGAUGAGAACAGGGUUCUCCAGGGAGAGCUGAAGCGACUCAAAUGGCAGCACGAGGAGGCCGCAGAGUCAGCAGAAGGAACUCCAGAACUGACACAGGGUCCACACAACGAAGAGCUGCUGGCGGAGGCCCGGAUCCUUCGACAGCACAAGAGCCGCCUGGAGACACGGAUGCAGAUCUUGGAGGACCACAACAAACAGUUAGAAUCCCAGCUGCAGCGCCUGAGGGAGCUGCUUCUGCAGCCUCCAACAGAUUCCAAAGGCGAUGGCUCUACGGCCUCAUCCUUGGCUUCUUCUCCCCAUCCAUCUGAGGAGAGUCAGUGCAGGGAGAAAGAUUCUGGCACUCCAGACACAGGAACUGCAGAUGAGGUGGAGGUGAGUACUCAGGACGUCAGUCUGUGUCUGGAGGAUAUCAUGGAGAAGCUUCGGAAUGCUUUUCCCAACUCUGGAGGUCUGACUUCCCUUAUCUAAUACCUCCUGUGAGCAAGAGGCUUUGUCUAACCAGUUCCUCAGCAGCUGCUCCUCUCUCUCUCUUCUUCUCCCCCCCCCCGCCCCGUGUGACAGGCGUCACUCGGAUCCUUAAGGGGACACCCUCAUCAGAAAGUCACCAGAAUCCUUGCAGGGUUUGGCUUCCAGGAAAGCACUCCUUAAUACCCACAGAGUGUUUUUUUCGGGAAAGGGCAAUCCAGAGUUACCUGUAGUCUGGAUGAGGUCAAAACCUGAUUCUGAGAGAGGCCUGGUUCCAAGGAAUUGUGAAAGGAAGGAAACAAAUGGCACACGGAGAUGCCUUUCUGCACAGACUACAAACUGACAUGAAUAGGGUUCCCCCCCCCCACUGCAGUUUGUGAACUAUUGCCUUUUGUGGGGCUGAUUUUGGAGUUGAGCCAGGAAGUGACCUAUAGUGGAUUUUGCCCAAGUUAACUGUCUGUGGCCUCCACUGGAUGAUGGUUUAAGAUGACACAAGCCGCAGGGACUUGGAAUGGUCCUACAGCGACUGAUAAACAACCAAGUAUAUUUUUUUGGGGGGGGGGAUCCAAAACCUCUUCAAACAGAAAAAGAAAAAAGAAAGGGAAGCUUUGGUGUGUUGUGAAAGGAACAUGCAAGCGACCAGGCGUCUCCAUAUCUACCAAGUUCAGUGGCCAAUGGAGUCACGGCCCAGAUGAAAUCUCAGAGAAAUGGAAAAUGAGGGAGAGAGCAGACUUUAAAACACCUUGUUCCAAUGGCAGUAACAGCAGCCUUAUGGGAGAGAAGCUUUAUAACAGAGAGCCUUAUUUUAAUUUGCAUAUUUAUAUAUAUACACACAUAAUAUAUAAAUACAUAUUAUAUAUACUGUAUUUAAGUGCUGUCAUGGACUUCCAUGUGCAUUAAAUUCUAAUUCCUUGUUAAUGUGUUUAUGCUGGCUUUGCUGUUUUGCUCUGUUCCAAACUCUGUUGUUGUUUUUUAAUGUGAUGGGAGGCAGCUCCACCUCUUCUUUUGUCUGCCCCAGCAGCUUUUCCCAAGAUCGAUAUGCUUCCUUUUGGAGUUGGAAUGACCUUCAUCCGAGUGACCUCUUGCGAACAAGGGGUGUUGGGAGCCAGUACCUCCUGACAUCCAUAAGAUUUAUUUACAGAUUGUGGUAAGGGGUGCAAUCCCUUCCCAUUGGAUCAGUGUGUAAGGGAUGCAAUCCCUCUCCAUUGAUUCAAUCCAUGCUUGAGAAGCAUAUGGAUAGCUACUGUCUUGAACUUCUUGCGCAUGCUGUUAACUUUAAAUUACAUGCCACCCAGGUCAAAUGAUAAUCAAGAGAAACACAAUACAAAAUACUCAGAUGUAGGAGCACUUGCGAGCAUAGUCUCUCUGUGGUUUGGGGUGAACAAAACUCCUGGCAUGGGCUUCUCCUUUUGAGUUGUGUUUACUCCCUCAGCAGUACAACCUCUUCAGUCAGAUUGCAACUAUUCAGAUGGACUAGAGUUAGCCCUUUGGAGUUGCUUAGAUUUAAGACAGUGUGAUCCUAUUGUAAUAAUUUGAAAUAUGGGCUGCAAUAAGCUUAAAUCUACAUAAUCCACCUGUUGUGGAUCAGGCAGCUCAAGGCUCUUGUUCUUGGUUGGUGUGGCAAUGAAUAUGUUAGGAGUUAUGGGGUGAAACUGCUGCAUCUGCAUCAGGAAGGGCCAUAGCUCAGUGGAAGAGCAUCUACUUUGCAAGCAGGAGGUCCCAGGUUCAAUCCCUGGCAUCUCCAACUCGGCCUUGGAAAGAUUCCCUACCUGAAACACUGGAGAGCCUCUGCCAGUCAGUGUAGGCAAAACUGACCUAGACGGACUAAUGGUCUGAUUCAGUAUAAGGCAGCUUCCUAUGUCCCAAACAACGGCCGAGGGAAAGGCAUGGAGUGUGGGUGAUUUCUCUAGGUGAGAGACCAAGGACACCAGAGCUUCUACAGCUCCAAUAGACAAUAAGCAGAAAGAAAAGGGGCAGAGAGGCAUGCCCCCCCAAAAGAAAAAAAGACAUUAGAAACCAUAGCCCAUUAAAAUCAAUUGGCAAUGGUCAGCUCCCAGUGAUACUAUGGCUGUGUCUCUGCACACACUGAUUUGUGCAGGUCCAAUGCUCAUCUAAAACACACUGGACUUGAACAAAGCAUACUAUGCUAUUCACGUAGCCCAAAUCUGUUGAUUCUUCCGACAGCAUUUGGGCACAAGAGUUGACAGAUUUGGGCCAAUCCAAGAUCAAUCUUGGCACAAGGUGGUUAUGUACCACAGGUUUCCUAAUUUAAACCUGAAACCAUGUGUCCCUUCCCUCUUCGUUAGGAAUGGAGUGUCUGAUGCACAUCACAGUCACAGCCUAAUUGCUCAGGAUUUCACCCCCAGCUUGGCCCUGAACAUCCACUAGAUCAACUUGCUUUGCAGCAUCCUGCCGGAUCCUCUGAAGCUGUGUUUUGGGGAUGCAGGUGACAAACUCACAGGUGAAAGGGCAGCUCAUGACAAUUAGUGAAGUAUUUUAGGUGCUGGAAAGUAUAUCUUAAAGCAAAUAUCUGUGGUUGUGGCUUGAAGGUGUCAAUGGAUAAUGCUGAAAAUAGUGGGCUGUGAAUUGCAAAAUAUGCUGUGAAGCAAAGACAGAUGAUAGAAACUGGUUUACGAUCAAGUGGAUUGGAGGCUUUGCCUAUCACUGAAUUCACUGUCAUAUAUCAUGUCUGUAGUGGGUUCUCUGUGGACGUUGCAUAAUUUGCAGAAUAUGUAUGUAGUCAGGGGCUGCCAGUUCAAAAAAAUAAAACGGCAACUAUACAUUUGAGGCCUGCCUCUGCUGUUGAGUUGCAGUAUUGCCAAACUAAAUGCGAUCCCUGAAAAAUGGAAGGUAUGUAGUGGGUUUUGCUUGGUUGGUGGUGCCACAAUGCAAUCUGCUAGCUCUUUGUAGCAGCAUUAUGGAUUGUAAGGAAUGUUACGUAUGUUGAAAGCACUGUAGGUUGCGAGGGUUGUUUGUAGCAUGUCGUAAAUUUAUGUGGGUUACAUUAGUGGGUUGCUACAGCAUGUUGGCUGUUGAGAAUCUGGUAGGCUCCCAGGGUGAAUGUGGGAGUGGGGGAUACCAAAUGAAGUAGGCUGAUUUGUGUCAUGGUAUCUGUAGAGGGAUGUAGAAUUUUUUUUAGACCAUCAAGGUGGUACGCACAAGAAGUUAUCCUAUGUGUGUGUGAUUAAGGCAUGACAAAGAAUAUUUUGUUAAGUAUUCUACAAUGGCGGACCUUUAGCCUGGGCCAAGAAUGUCCUUUGUAGGCCUAUGCCAUUUCUUCCUUCCAAAGAAAUUCCUUGUUUGGCUUGAUGUUUGAGUCUUUAAAAAGGCCCUGCUGAAAUCUCCAUUGUGAUUCUGAAAUGUAUUUAAAAAACAAACAUGUCUCAGUUUUGGGAGAGAAUGAAAUUCCAGUUUGGAAGUGAGCCUCAUGUGGAUGUCCCAUACGCCAAGUGGUUACAUAAAGUAGCAUGCAGGAAUGCUUGGGACAGAGGCGAGGGACCUGUGGAUCUCCAGAGAUUGCUGGACUACAACCCACAUCAUCCUUGACCAUUGGCCACUCUGACUGAUGGGAGCUGGAGCCCAACAUCUGGAUGGCCACAGGUUCCCCAUCUCUGGCUUAGGCCAUAAGUUUCCUCCUCUCAACAGUUCUUGUAAGCUAUGCUUCCUCUCUUCUUGUUUCUGGAAAAAACAUGCCAAGGGACAUCUUGUGUUCCUCUCUUGAGGUGAGAUCAUGUGCAGUAUUCACAUUGGGUGUCCACUAAGGAUGGGUGAGAAUUUUGAUUCAGUUCGCAUUUCAAGCAGAAUGUAUCAAAUUUGCAAUUUCCAGAACAAUACCAGAACCAAAACACAGCCAUCCUUUGAAAUUUAUUAGAAUUUUGGGAUGCAGUUUGCCAAUUAAACGACAUUUACAAAAAUGCAUAUAUUAGGGGAAAGUGUGCAUGAAAAUGAAUACAUGAGUGAAAAUAACAUGCAAAAGGGCAUGAAAUGAUGAGAAACUGCUUGCAAAAAUGUUUUACCUUUGUUAAAACUGCCUACAAAAAUGUGUUAAUUUGGAGAAAUUUGCACUAAAAUGGUGGUAAAUUUUCAUGAGGAUUUUUUUAAAAAAAAUCAUAGAUCUCUGUAGAAAUGUAGAGAACUGAAUUUAACAUUGGAAAAAUGAGAAACUGAGAGAACUGAAACAGACAGAUCUUUCCAUCCCUAGUGUCCACACAUUGCAGGAAGAGUGUAUUCUUUUCCUAAUGUAGCACAUGGGCAACAACAGCACAGCUAGGCAAUUUUAAGAGUCUGACAUCUAAAGAGGAGAGGGGCAAUGCAUAUUAUUUCUCUUACUUCAAAUUGUGGUAAUCCAUCCCUGCUGCUUCUGGGGGCCUUCCUGCUCAUGUUGCUGGGAAGGGCCCUGGACAUCUGCCCCAAAGACCUGUUCUGAUGGAACUACUGCAUGUGAGUUAAGUGAUGGUUUUGUAUGUGAUCAAGAGUUUAGUAACCACGUUAGCCCACAGAACCAACCAGGACUUUGAGGCAGGCCAUAUCCACAGUCAGGGUGGCCAGGUGCAAAGGAGGAACAGGGGCUUUUAACUAGGAAUGGACAAAUCUGUCAGUUUCAGUCUCUUUCUCAUUUCCCUACUCUUAAGUUCCAUUCUCCACCUUUCAUAUGAGUUUGUAAAAAAUGGCAAACGCCUGAAAAUUCAUCAGCUUUUUCAUAUGAAUGUCUUCUAAUAUGCACAUAUGUUUAUAUGCAAUUUUGCCUAAUACAAUGCAUUUUCACAAACAAACAUGUACAUUUUGCCCUUAUAUAUGCGUUUUUGUACAGAUUACUUGGCCGGAGAACGGAAGUGCACAUUUCAAAGGAUGGGCUGUUUCUCAGUUCACAUAUUAUUUUGGAAAGUGCAAAUUAGGUAGGUUCACCUUUAAAUGUGAACUGAAUUGAGUUUCUCCUCACUCAUUAUUUUUUUAACCUUUAAUACCUGUAUAGGACAGACAAUUUUAGUCAGGCCACCUUAUCAUGCAGCAGGCAGGAGAGCAGCACCUACCAAAAUUCCCUCUUCUGCACAGUUCCUAAAAGGCACAGGAGCCCACACUUAAAUCCAACCACUCUCUUCCUUUAUCUCAUCUAAGGUGAACGAAGACAGAAAUACGGGCAAUAUUGUUAAUUAUAACAUAUGAAGAAACUAUGUGGUUUAACAUGAUCACUUUUCUUCAUGGUGCUAAGAUGUGGAGGAGAAGUUCUUAAGUUUUUGUUUGUGUAAAUAGAUUUAUUAUUCUUUAAUUUUAUAAAAUCAGCAUCCAAGUAACUUAAAAUUUCAGCCACUUUGUUGAUUUUAUCAUAAAGUAAAAUCUUAAGUCUUGUGCCUUCACCCCUGCCAUCAGAGAAUCUGUAGUUGCCUAUUGAGCUUGUCAGAAGUUUGUUGAUUUUGGAAUAUAUGUAAUUUAUUGUACAGUGUGUCAUCAAGGGACAUAAAGGUCCAAUUAUUUCUGAAAAGAAUAAUUGCUCUGUAGUAUGUGGUGGCUUCCUCAGUCUCCCAGCUUCAUCAUUCUCUCUCCUCCCACUUUCUGAAAACCACCAGGAACCCAUGCCGCAGUUCAUUAGAGUUGCAACUGCAGGUGACAGUUGGCCACGUGGAAUUUUUUCUUAAGCUUGUGUCUGUUGAAGCAAUUAAAAGGGGGCGCAAGCGAGUCAAGAGUUUCUUUGUUUAAAAAACAGGAGCAGAACUAAUCAUGACUGGUUAUAAUGUGCUGU